AUGCGGUCUUCUGUUGACAACCAACAUUUUGUACCGACAAUGACUCAUUCAAAAUCAGGUUGCUAUGAGUUUGGCGGACCGGCUGGCGCGUUUGGCGUGUCUUUCGGUUUGCCAAUUCUUAUUUAUCUCUUUACCUUUCUAUGCAACGAUAUAUCUGGAUGUCCUUCUCCUUCAAUCUUAUCAACUUCUCAGUUCUCUAUCGACCACUUGAAGCACGAGGUUGGAUGGCCAGUGAACGGAGUCUGGGGCCUGUCUAGCUGGGAUGUAUUCGUCAAAGUACUUGGAUACUACCUUUUUAAUGCAAUGCUACACCGCGUCCUCCCUGGCCAGGAAGUUGAAGGGACUGAACUUUCAUCUGGGGGAAAACUUCAUUACAAGCUUAAUUCCUGGUCGUCUGCCAUCUUAACUCUUGCAAUCUGUGCAGUUGGUACAGCUAUUCAAGGCACUGACUUUGCAGUAUGGAACUACAUUUUCGAUAACUAUGUCCAGAUUCUUACAGCUAAUAUAAUAAUCGCUUUUGUUCUCGCCACAUACGUCUACGCAUGUAGUUUUACUGUAAAGCAAGGGAACAAAGAAAAGCGUGAGCUUGCAGCUGGUGGAAAUUCAGGCAACGUGUUGUACGAUUGGUUUAUUGGCCGCGAACUUAAUCCACGUGCUCGACUUCCACUGCUCGGUGAAAUUGAUAUCAAACUGUGGUGUGAACUACGUCCCGGUAUGCUAGGAUGGCUACUACUAGAUUUGACAUUCGUUGCGCAUCAAUACAAGACAUUCGGCUUUAUUUCUGACAGUAUAGCGCUCGUUACACUCUUUCAUACCUUAUACGUUCUCGACGCAUAUUGGAUGGAACCAGCUGCUCUCACAACCAUGGAUAUCACAUCUGAUGGGUUUGGAUUUAUGCUUGCAUUUGGUGAUCUGGUGUGGCUUCCUUUUGUCUAUUCAUUUCAAGCUCGAUACCUGGCUAGUUAUCCUUUCAAUCUUGGCACCUUCGGAACUAUCAGUGUUUUGGCGAUUCUCGGCCUUGGCUAUUACAUCUUUCGUAGUGCCAAUAAUGAAAAGAAUCGCUUCCGUGUCAAUCCCCUGGACCCUCGAGUGAGACAUCUCAAGUACCUCGAAACAAAAUCGGGCUCCAAAUUGCUUACCUCAGGCUGGUGGGGAAAAGCACGCCACAUCAAUUAUUUGGGAGAUUGGAUUAUGGCUUGGGCUUAUUGCCUUCCAACCGGUAUUUCCGGCUUUGUUGUACGCCAAGAUUUUAUGACUGCAGGAGAAAAUUUCACCCAGAAAGGCAUAUCUUUUAUAGGUAGCAGAAAAUUUCAGGAACCGUAUGAGGUAACGCAGGGUGAGGCUAGGGGAUACGGGAUGGUUUUCACUUAUUUUUACCUGGUUUAUUUUGCCAUACUUCUUAUUCAUCGCGAAAUGCGAGAUGAGGAAAAGUGCAAACGUAAAUAUGGAGACGACUGGCGAAAGUACUGUAAAAUUGUUCCCUAUAGGUUUAUUCCUGGAAUUUUCUAA